CUCUCACGGAAAUUCGGGAUUGCGGGGUGCUCAGAAACUGUCCUUAAACUUCAAAACUCAAAACCCCAGAGGGCGUAGAGCCCAGCCUACUCCUGCGCCUGCGUAUUGCGCUCCGCGGGGGCGGAGGUCGUGCUGCGAGCUCGGGUCGUGCUCCCAGCCCCUCUUCCCGGCAAGUCACGCGAGAUCCCCGCUCGUCUCGGAACUCCACGACGGUUAGCGACGCGCGAUGGGCCGCGGGGGCUGGGGCUCCUGAAGGAGUUAUUUUAUACAGAAAUCUUGUGAGACCACUGCACAGACGGGGCGAUGAUUGUACAAAGAGUGGUAUUGAAUUCCCGACCUGGAAAAAAUGGUAAUCCAGUGGCAGAGAAUUUCCGAAUGGAAGAAGUCAAUUUACCAGAUAAUAUCAAUGAAGGACAAGUACGAGUUAGGACUCUUUAUCUUUCUGUGGAUCCUUACAUGCGUUGUAGAAUGAAUGAAGACACUGGCACUGAUUAUAUAACACCUUGGCAGCUGUCUCAAGUGGUUGAUGGUGGAGGUAUUGGAAUUAUAGAAGAAAGCAAACACACAAAUUUAACUAAAGGCGAUUUUGUGACUUCUUUCUAUUGGCCCUGGCAAACCAAGGUUAUUCUGGAUGGAAAUAGCCUUGAAAAGGUAGACCCACAACUUGUGGAUGGACACCUUUCAUAUUUUCUUGGAGCUAUAGGUAUGCCUGGUUUGACAUCCUUGAUUGGGAUACAGGAAAAAGGUCACAUAACUGCUGGAUCUAAUCAGACAAUGGUUGUCAGUGGGGCUGCAGGUGCCUGUGGAUCCUUGGCUGGGCAGAUUGGCCAUUUGCUGGGUUGUUCCAGAGUACUAGGAAUUUGUGGAACACAUGAGAAAUGCCUCCUUUUGACCUCAGAACUGGGCUUUGAUGCUGCGAUUAAUUAUAAAAAAGGAAAUGUGGCAGAACAACUCCGUGAAUUAUGCCCAGCUGGAGUGGAUGUUUACUUUGACAAUGUUGGCGGUGACAUUAGUGAUACAGUGAUAAGUCAGAUGAAUCAGAACAGCCACAUCAUCCUGUGUGGUCAAAUUUCUCAGUACAACAAAGAUGUCCCUUAUCCUCCGCCACUGCCCCCUGCAAUAGAGGCAAUCCAGAAAGAAAGAAACAUCACAAGGGAAAGAUUUCUGGUGUUAAAUCAUAAGGACAAAUUUGGGCCUGGCAUUCUACAGCUGAGUCAAUGGUUUAAAGAAGGAAAACUAAAGAUCAAAGAGACUGUGAUAAAUGGAUUGGAAAAUAUGGGGGCUGCAUUCCAGUCCAUGAUGACGGGAGGUAACAUUGGAAAGCAGAUAGUUUGCAUUUCAGAAGAAAUCUCUCUGUAGUCUCUGUAAAUGUCUUUGUCAAGGAAAUCACAGAUUUCCAUUUUGCACAAAUUUUUAAGAUACAUUUAAAAAAACACCUUAGAAUACAGAUAGCAUUUUUUUUUUUUUUUUAUUGAGACAGAGUCUCACUCUG